GGGGGUCCGGCCCUCACGGCCUCCUGUCACUCAGAUGCUGCUGCUGCUGCUGCUGCUGCCGCCGCUGGCGCCGCUCUUCCUCAGCCCCCCGGGCGCGGGCGGGGCGCAGACCCCCAACGCCACCUCCGAAGGGUGCCAGAUCAUACACCCGCCCUGGGAAGGGGGCAUCAGGUACAGGGGCCUGACUCGGGACCAGGUGAAGGCGAUCAACUUCCUGCCCGUGGACUAUGAGAUCGAGUACGUGUGCCGGGGGGAGCGCGAGGUGGUGGGGCCCAAGGUCCGCAAGUGCCUGGCCAACGGCUCCUGGACAGACAUGGACACUCCCAGCCGCUGCGUCCGAAUCUGCUCCAAGUCAUACUUGGCCCUGGAAAACGGGAAGGUUUUCCUGACGGGUGGGGACCUCCCCGCUCUGGACGGAGCCCGGGUGGAUUUCCGGUGUGACCCUGACUUCCAUCUGGUGGGCAGCUCCCGCAGCAUCUGUAGUCAGGGCCAGUGGAGUGCUCCCAAGCCCCACUGCCAGGUGAAUCGAACGCCGCACUCAGAGCGGCGCGCAGUGUACAUCGGGGCGCUGUUCCCCAUGAGCGGGGGCUGGCCGGGGGGCCAGGCCUGCCAGCCCGCGGUGGAGAUGGCGCUGGAGGACGUCAACAGCCGCAGGGACAUCCUGCCGGACUACGAGCUCAAGCUCAUCCACCACGACAGCAAGUGUGACCCAGGCCAAGCCACCAAGUACCUGUACGAGCUGCUCUACAAUGACCCCAUCAAGAUCAUCCUCAUGCCUGGCUGCAGUUCUGUCUCCACACUUGUGGCCGAGGCCGCCAGGAUGUGGAACCUCAUUGUGCUUUCCUACGGCUCCAGCUCACCGGCCCUGUCCAACCGGCAGCGUUUCCCUACGUUCUUUCGAACUCAUCCGUCGGCCACACUCCACAAUCCCACCCGGGUGAAGCUCUUUGAGAAGUGGGGCUGGAGGAAGAUCGCCACCAUCCAGCAGACCACUGAGGUCUUCACCUCGACUCUGGACGACCUAGAGGAACGAGUGAAGGAGGCUGGAAUCGAGAUUACUUUCCGCCAGAGUUUCUUCUCAGAUCCAGCUGUGCCUGUCAAAAACCUUAAGCGCCAGGAUGCCCGGAUCAUCGUGGGACUGUUCUAUGAGACCGAAGCCCGGAAAGUUUUUUGUGAGGUGUACAAGGAGCGGCUUUUCGGGAAGAAGUACGUCUGGUUCCUCAUCGGCUGGUAUGCUGACAACUGGUUCAAGAUCUACGACCCGUCCAUCAACUGCACGGUGGACGAGAUGACGGAGGCUGUGGAAGGCCACAUCACCACUGAGAUCGUCAUGCUGAACCCGGCCAAUACCCGCAGCAUCUCCAACAUGACAUCCCAGGAGUUUGUGGAGAAGCUGACCAAGCGACUCAAGAGACACCCCGAGGAGACCGGUGGGUUCCAGGAGGCGCCGCUGGCCUACGACGCCAUCUGGGCCUUGGCGCUGGCUCUGAACAAGACGUCUGGAGGGGGUGGCCGUUCGGGGGUGCGCCUGGAGGACUUCAACUAUAACAACCAGACCAUUACUGACCAAAUCUACCGGGCGAUGAACUCCUCGUCCUUCGAGGGCGUCUCUGGCCAUGUGGUCUUCGAUGCCAGCGGCUCCCGGAUGGCCUGGACUCUCAUCGAGCAGCUGCAGGGUGGAAGCUACAAGAAGAUUGGCUACUAUGACAGCACCAAGGAUGACCUUUCCUGGUCCAAAACGGACAAGUGGAUUGGAGGGGCCCCCCCGGCUGACCAGACCCUGGUCAUCAAGACAUUUCGCUUCAUGUCCCAGAAACUCUUCAUCUCCGUCUCUGUUCUGUCCAGCCUGGGCAUUGUCCUGGCUGUGGUCUGUCUGUCUUUUAACAUCUACAACUCUCAUGUCCGCUACAUCCAGAACUCCCAGCCCCACCUGAACAAUCUGACUGCUGUGGGCUGUGCCCUGGCACUGGCUGCCGUCUUCCCCCUCGGGCUGGAUGGCUACCACAUUGGCAGAAGCCAGUUCCCCUUUGUCUGUCAGGCCCGCCUCUGGCUCCUGGGUCUGGGGUUCAGUCUGGGCUACGGCUCCAUGUUCACUAAGAUCUGGUGGGUGCAUACGGUCUUCACGAAGAAGGAGGAGAAGAAGGAGUGGAGGAAGACGCUGGAGCCCUGGAAGCUGUAUGCCACGGUGGGCUUGCUGGUGGGCAUGGAUGUGGUCACUCUCGCCAUCUGGCAGAUUGUGGACCCCCUGCAUCGAACCAUUGAGACUUUUGCCAAGGAGGAGCCGAAGGAAGACAUUGAUGUGUCCAUCCUGCCCCAGCUGGAGCACUGCAGCUCCAAGAAGAUGAAUACGUGGCUCGGCAUUUUCUAUGGUUACAAGGGGCUGCUACUGCUGCUGGGCAUCUUUCUUGCCUAUGAGACUAAGAGCGUGUCCACCGAGAAGAUCAACGACCACAGGGCCGUGGGCAUGGCCAUCUACAAUGUGGCGGUCCUGUGCCUCAUCACCGCCCCGGUCACCAUGAUCUUGUCCAGUCAGCAGGACGCCGCCUUUGCCUUCGCGUCCCUCGCCAUAGUGUUCUCCUCCUACAUCACUCUGGUGGUACUGUUCGUGCCCAAGGUCAGGCUCCCCCCGCCCCCGCCCCCCGCGGUCUGGCCCGAACCCGGCCUUCAUCCUGGGCCUCUGCUC